CCCCACUCCGGCCCCGGGCACCGAGGUAAGCGGGGGAGCCAGAGCCGGGGAGUGCAGUCGCCAAGCAGGCUGUGGGCAGGGGGAGACAGGUGCGGCGGAGCCGAGCCGUCAGCGCGAGGAGAGCCAGCGCGGGUGUGUCGGCCCCCCGGCCCUCUGCCGUCUCUGCCAGGGCCGCUCCGGGGGCCCCGGCCAGCCCUCGCGCCCCUCCCCGCGCCCCCGGGCCGCCGCCGCCGCCGCCAUGUCUAUGGGCUUGGAGAUCACCGGGGUGUCCCUGGCCGUGCUGGGCUGGCUGGGCACCAUCGUGUGCUGCGCGCUGCCCAUGUGGCGGGUGACGGCCUUCAUCGGCACCAGCAUCGUGACGGCGCAGAUCAUCUGGGAGGGCCUGUGGAUGAACUGCGUGGUGCAGAGCACGGGCCAGAUGCAGUGCAAGGUCUAUGACUCGCUGCUGGCGCUGCCCCAGGACCUGCAGGCGGCUCGCGCGCUGCUCGUCGUGGCCAUCCUGCUGGCCGCGUUCGGGCUCCUCGUGUCCCUGGUGGGCGCCCAGUGCACCAACUGCGUGCAGGACGACACGGCCAAGGCCAAGAUCACCAUCGUGGCGGGCGUCGUCUUCCUGCUGGCCGGCGUGCUCACGCUCAUCCCCGUGUCCUGGUCGGCCAACACCAUCAUCCGGGACUUCUACAACCCGCUGGUGGCCGAGCCCCAGAAGCGGGAGAUGGGCGCGGGGCUCUACGUGGGCUGGGCGGCCUCGGCGCUGCAGCUGCUGGGCGGCGCGCUGCUCUGCUGCUCCUGCCCCCCCAAGGAGAAGAGGUACACGCCCGCCAAGAUCCUCUACUCGGCCCCGCGCUCCACCGCCACCACGGCCGCGGGCCUGGGCCCCAGCUACGACCGCAAGGACUACGUGUGAGUCCGCGCCCGCCGAGCCGCGCCGCGGACCCGGGGCGGGCGAGCUGGCGCUUGGCUGCCGGACGGAUGGACCGAGAGAUGGACUGGAGGGGCGCCCGCAGGUCUCCCGCGCCGCCCCGCUGGCGCAGGGGCGGCCCCCGACGGCGCGCCCCGGACGCGGCCGGCUCUGCCCCCCGGGAAUCCCCGGCAACUCCCGAAGAAGCGGGCGGCCGCCGAUCCUAGAGAGGGAAACGGCCCAAUGAACGGGCUCCCCCCCCCCAACGCUCCCACCCCCGAACCCUCGCUCACGGUGGACCGGGCCAGCCGACAGCCACGCGCGAAGCGAAAAUCGAGGUCCGCGGCAGCUCGGGGCUAGACUACGACACCCAACCCCGAGCUGACAGGUGCUUGUGGAGUGCACUGGGCGCCUGACCUUGGGGACGCGGCCCGACCCGGGCCCUCACGUCGGGCCGCAGCCCUCGGACGCUGGGCCAGCGGGUGAGGAGGACCAGCGGCCGCUUGCUAGUGGGGAGGGGGAGGGAGCAGAAAGGGAAGGGGUUUUUCAAUAAAAAGUUUCGUUUCGCA